GUGUGUCGUUCUCUUUCCGGUCUUGCGUUCAUUAGAAGUGUAUCGUUCUCAACGAGCUAAGGCCAGAAUCCAGGCGACGUACACCAUUCUAAUUCAUCAUCAAUCAAAGCUAUUUACAUAAAAACACAAUGGCAUCAAAUAACGAGCUUGCAUGCGUUUAUGCUGCAUUAAUUCUCGCUGAUGAUCAAGUUACAGUCACUGCUGACAAAAUCAAUACGAUCUUAAAAGCAGCAAAUGUAUCAGUUGAACCUUACUGGCCAUCUCUGUUUGCUCGUGCUUUGGAUGGUGUGGACAUCAAGGCGAUGCUUUCCAAUAUAGGCAGCAUGGCAGCUGCACCAGCUGGUGGAGCACCAGCUGGUGGUGCUGCACCUGCUGGUGACGCAGCUGCUGCUCCUGCCAAAGAAGAAAAGAAAGAGGAGAAGAAAGAAGAAUCAGAGGAGUCAGAUGAUGACAUGGGCUUUGGUUUGUUUGACUGAGGAGCUUUGCAAGAGAUUAAUGAGGUGUAAAUAAAUGCUCUGCUCAAUCA